AUGAAAGGAAAUACAAAUACGUAUGCAUGGGUUAGAAUAUGGAUUUUGUUUGCAAUUGCGAUUUUAACUCCAACUUUAACGGAUGCGAUUGCUUUAAAGGGGACAUCAAAAAAUCAUGAGAAUAUAUCGAAUCAAGCAAAGAGGGAUUUAAGUCUUAGCUAUUCAGCAACUAAUAUUAAUUCUAAAGAGGGUACACGUAUUAAAACAAUAACAGUUAUAAAGAAUAUAGGUAAACAUGAAAAAUUGGCUAUCAAUCCGGAACUGCAUAAAAAUAAAGAUUGGGCAAAUGCCUUUCGCGAUAACUUCGAUUCAUAUGGUAAAAUACCUGAUGUACCUGAUAUUGAUGAUCUCUUUGAAUUUGUAAAUAAGAAAGAACAUAAAGAAGAAAAAGAAAAUAACACUGAAGAACCAAAAGAAGAAACGACAACUGAAAAAGAUGUUAAACCGGUUGUUGAGCAAUCGGCUGAAGAAACAACUGCUGCCACAGAACCUGCUGAAAAAAUCAAAGGUGAUGCUGAAGUAUUAUCAGCUGAAAGUAAACAAGAACUUAAAAACAAUAAUACACAAUCCCAGUCGCUUUCUGCACACAAACGUCGAGUAAGUGAAUCUUUGAAUAAUUUAAAUAAUGCUUCAUCACAAAAUACUGUGCAAAAACAUUUUGAGAAUUAUGUGCAGCUAAAUGAAGGUGAGUACAUGUAUGCAAAACCAUGCCCGAAUGUACCUGCUAAUAGCGUUAGCGUGUCUACAUCAUCUGGACGCAAAUAUGAUAUACCAGUAGAAAAGUCAAAUGUUAUCAAUCCUUAUAUAGCGCCAGCAAUCGUAAAGAAGACACAAGUACCUUUGCAAAGUAAUUCUCAAAAUAUUCCUGCACUUACACCUACAAUAAAUGCUAUUAACUCAUUAUUACCACCACUGCAGUCUCCUACUAUAAUUGCGAUUUUACCGGCACUGCAACAAGGAUUUAAUAAUGCUAUAUAUACCACACCAUUACCAACCGUAAAGCCAACACCACCACAACAAGGUGCGGUUACUACUAGUCAGCGUCCUUAUAUAGCACCAAAUCUUCAAAACGGCUUAGGCAUAAGUUUAGGACCACCGCCAGUGUUGAUAAAUAAACCCCGUGUAAAUGAUUUUCGUACAAGGAGCUUCGCAGUGGGUGGUAGAUCCCGCGGUUUGAAAUAUUAAAUACAAA